AUGUUCAACGAACUAUUUGUGAGGCAGGAAGGUACGGCACGUCCUGUACGUGUUACGGUUCUUGUUGAUGAUGACCCUCGCUUAACGAUGGAUGAGCUGGAAGGGAUGACCAAUGCAUUGUGCUAUGCGCAUGGUAUUGUGACUUCACCGAUUUCACUUCCUGCGCAUCUCUAUGCAGCAGCAGAUCUGGCUAAACGUGGACGUAACAACUUCAAAACCGAACAAAGCAUCAGCGCUGAUGAUAGCGGCUCGGUGUCCAGCGGCGGAGAGGGACGCGGGCGUUUCACCAAUGAUGGUUCGGAGGAUUAUUUCCCAAGAAUGUCGGCUGAACUGGCCAAUAAGCUGAAGUACAAAUUUUGGGCAUAA